AACCGUCCAACGAUCACCGAUUUCAACGCCAUACUGUGACAGUCGGCAAUCACCGAGCUUCCUCAUAAAGUGAUCGCUCAUUAUCUCUCCUGUGCUCCGAGUCCUGUGCAGGUUGAAACAUGAGUUCAAAGGGCAGGGCCUCCUUCAGCUCACCAUCAUGCACCCCUCAGCACAGAUCUACACCAAACUCGUGCUAAAGUUAUACGACUUCAUUGUUCUAUCCAUUUCCAACGGUUACGCAUGGCGCUGCCCGACACAAACCACAUUAUUACCAUUUUCCCGCGAACAUGCAGGAGGCGAGGCGCAUUUGGACGUUGGGGUUGGAACGGGAUACUACCCUGCCAAUGCCGUUACCCAUCUGGCCCGUACCGAAGAAAUAACAUUUGUCGACCUUAAUCCCGACACUCUGGAGGUUGCGGAGAGCCGACUGCGUGAAGCAGGAUACAAAGGCAGGAUAGAGACCUUAGAGCAUGAUGUUUUCCUCCCCCUUCCGACCAGCAUGCACAAGAGGUUCGAUUCCGUAUCGUUAUUUUAUCUCUUGCAUUGCCUCCCGGGGUCCUUUCCUGCGAAAAGCGCGCAAGUGCUUCAUAGCUUGAUUCCCGCUAUGACGGACGACGCAACAUUGUAUGGGGCAACUAUCCUUGGAGAAGGCGUAGAGCAUAACUGGCUGGGUCAGAAGCUGAUGGAUUUGUAUAAUGCCAAGGGUGUAUUCUCCAAUAUCCGGGAUAGCCAAGAUAAACUCUUGGCAUCGUUGAAGGAGCGGUUUGAGGAAGUUGAAAUUCGGCUUGUGGGUGUAGUUGCGCUUUUUGUUGCUCGACAACCCAUUCGCAGAGUAGAGUGAUACGUUGUUUUUAUACGGCGCUCGAGUGUAAACAGCUUUGGACUUUACUAAACUUCGCCGAUGUGUUGUAUCCAAUAGACAAACUCC